AUGGCUCCAUUGAACACUCGACAGUACCACUCAUUUUCGCCAUCUACGCCAGGCCAUGGUAAAGAAAUACCAGGCAGGCCAGUCCCGGUGAAUACCUUCAUCGACCCUACAGUCUUUAUCGAGCUGUUUGUAGGAACAGUGGGAAUCUUUAUACUUUCCGUUCUGUUCUGGAAGGUUGGCAAGUUUUUUGGGUCAUUGACCAGGCACAGAGUGUUGUGUGACGGCAAGUUGACGACGACUCGGUAUGCCAGAACCUGGUAUGGCUGGGUCACUACGGAGACACACGAGAGAAACAAGGCAUUCAUUCGAAGGAAAUUCAGGUACAUUCGCGAGUGGCUGGCCUGGGAGUCACCCAAACGUGAUUACCAGUGGAUGUGGUGGGAUCCUGGCCUGGAAGCAAUGGAAGAACGCCGGGCCAAGCGAAAUCGACUGAAGCUGGUACCGGAAUUCCUGAAGAGCUAUGAGGAGAUGCCCGCUGUGCACGUUCCAUAUCCGCGAUCCUCUAUAGAGUGUCAUGGCGCAUUGGUGACCAGUCAGCAAUCCGAGUCUUCUGAAUCAAUUGGAAAUGCGCCCGAAAUCAUUGAUAUCGCCGAGCCAUUGUCGCGAAUCAGCCUCAACGAGCACCGCUUUGAAAACAGCACGGCUUCUUCAAUCUCGCUGGAAAUGUUUACACCACCCUCACGGGCACACACCCGAUCUUCCGACGACCGGGCUGAAGGUAGCCUGCGAGUGGAUGGAAGGAUGGUCAGGCAUUUGUUGACCCUGCCGACCAAUGUUCACCCUUUGCCGCUCUCCAUCAACAGCCGACGUGGUCCUCAGAAAAGGGCUUCAUGGGCAGAGGAACAUUCCCCGCGGAUGCGACGUCUCUCAAAUCUAUCAUUUGUACAAAACAGCUCCCAUGUCGCAGAGCUCAGCUCCGAAUCCAGUGUGCACCAAAAUCCCCAAAGAUCCCUGGAAGCACCGAGACCUGCUUUUCGCAGUGGAAGCAUUCCGCGAAAGUAUCGAGCGUGGUCAGCACAGAUGCAGGUGAAAGCGACAGGAAUAGCACAGCCGCAUCUUCGGGAUUCCUCUGGACCGCCAGGAACGCCCCUCACGGUUCUUCUGGCCAGUUACUUAUCGGAGCAAAGCGCGUGCGAUAUACCUCAACAGGCGUUGAAAGAGGACCCUGUGGUUGCAAACCCACCUUUUGCGAAGAAUUCCUUGACCUCCAGCCAUGAUGCCAAUCCAGGGAAAAGACGCAAGCUUGCAACGUCUGUCGAUAUGGAUACGGAGCUUGCCAGGUUCAACACCGCGCCAGCCAUAUUUAGGCCACCUAAGAAGCCGACAAUGUUGGCUGCACACACUCCAAACAAGCUAAGGCACUCGUGGCAAGAUGCGGAUACACCGGAUCUUCAUAGACCCAAACUCCAAGCAACUUGGGGUCAAUCUGGGAUGGCCAGAGCUAGAGUCGAAGCCCGAAAUAGAUAUGCAACACUGCCGAACUGCAUGGAUGGUGGCGUGGAUGGGUAUGUCAAAGACGAACAAAUGUCAAUCGCGAAGCUGAGCGACUGGGAGGUGCGACUGAUGGACCAAUUGAAACGCAAACUGGGGUGGGUAUACAACGAGAUGACACCUGGGCAAAAGCCAUACCACUUUGCAUUACUUGCCAACCAUUGGCUCAACAGAGAGACCUGGCUAGUGAUUGAUCCCAUCUCGAGAGUGUCAAUUGAUCAUCGACGGCAAUGGGGAGAUCCACGAUUCAGUCCUUCUGACAACGAGAAUGAUCGUUAUCCGAGGCUCAAGUACCCACCCACUACACGGAAACGAGCACAGAUACCGCGAAUCGAUUCAUGGCGGGCUGCAGUCAACCAGCAGAGGAGAGUGUCUGGGAUUCGAAACGCCAUUCGGACAGUCGAAUUAUAUGAAGACUCUGCAGAGGAGCCCCCAGAUGGGAAAAUUGACCCGGCGUGCUGGAUCUUCCCCAAGCCGCCCCAGGGGUUUGAGAUGUCCACAGCACAGAAGAAUGCGUGGUAUGAAGGAGGCGCUGGGUGGCAGGAAAAGCUCGAAGACUGGCAGCAAGUCCGCCGGGGAUAUCGUCUGCAGAAGUUUGUCCAUGAGGGCCGUGCCAAUCGAGACCGGGUCAAAGAGGUCUCAUCGAAGGUUCAGAAAUGCUGCCGUACAGUGUCGGUCAAGCUGCUUCCCAAAGAGACUGGACAGCCCCAGGCUGCGUCUUAG